GAUAGCUCAGCCGAGAGUUUCAGAGCCCCGAGUCUCUCUCCCGACCCGUGGAUGCCUUUGGGCGGCAGGGAACCCCGGGCACCAUGAGCUGCGCCGAUGUCAUGUACCAGCCUUACUCGCCGUAUUUCCCGUACCACCAACGAUCGCAGGUCGCGGUAUCGUCCACGGGGGGCGUGGGACCCCUGACUCCAGUGCCGACACAGGUCUCCACAGACUAUAGAAAAUUCGCCGUCGUCAAGUCGCACACCGAGCCGAGCCCGAGCAGCCUCGAUCCGACUCCCGCCGGCUCCCCGGUCGACUGCCGCCCCCUCGCGGCGGCGACCCACCGCUCUGCGUCCGGCAGCGCCUCGUCCAGCGAUGCGGCCAAGGCAGAGAAGGAGUCCGCGGCUGAGGCCCAGUACCUGUCGGCCAACUGCGUCCUAUUCACCUACUACACGGGGGACAUCUCCUCCGUCGUCGACGAACACUUUGCCAGGGCGCUCUCACAGGUGACGAGCUACGCUGCGCCCGCCGAAGCCACGACCUCCAAGGGACAAACGAGCAAAGAUGGCCCACCGAUGUCGCAUCGGAAUUUCCCGCCGUCGUUUUGGAACAGCAACUACCAACCUAUGUCGAACGCGACGAACCUCAGCAGCAUGGGAGGCCCGAGCUCUCUUCGAUCUCUACCGACAGACCUGACGACUUACGGAGCUCCAGAUCCGUACCAUCCGAGUGCCCUCUCCUUGCACCAUCCACAGAACGACCCUUGGCACUACACCCUGACGAGCCAAGCAGGUCAUCCCUUCUCUCACCACCACCGGUCGGCCCACGAACUGACUUCUUACCACCAUCCGGGCAUGUCCACGGUGACCGGGGCUUCCCGGUUCGGUCCCCAGUACGGAUCUCUGCUGCUGCAACCGGCGGUCCGGUCAGCUGCCAGGGCGGCGGCAGCUUGCGCCAGCCUGGAAAAGUCAGAAGGUUGGGGACCGGCGAGGUACCACGAUACCAUUGGACACAUGGAUUCCAAUUAUGGCGCUGCUUAUGGUGCAAUGACACCUAUGCCAGAAUCCAGCAACCUUGGGUACUCAAGCAUGUGUGAUUUCUACAAGUUGCAGAGUGUGCAGAGGUCAUAUCGGUGA